CAGGACCCAAAGAAGAAAUAUAAAUAACAAUGGCCUAAUAAAGUUCUGUACGUGACUCUUGGUUUUCAAUUCCUUAUCUUGGAUAUCAUAUAAAUUGCCCUCCUUAUAGGAUACAUAUAUUGUUUGUGGUUAGUGCCAAGGACAAUUUAUCAGCAAGUCAUGGAUGGAGACGAGUGCCUAGUAUUUGCGGAGCCUGAAAACUUCCUUAAGCUGCAGUUGCUGUCCUGGCCUCCUAGGACAUCCAGCAGCGCUUCCUGUCCCCUGCCAGAGGUGAUUUGCAAGCCGCAGCAAGACAAGUCCUGCAGGCAACCUUCAGUCAAUGUCAAAUGUGUGUUGUGAAAUUUCAAGGAGAGGUCCAAUAUUUGAAACUGGGAGAAGAACAACAAAAAGAAUGAGUGCUUCUCUGGUAAAUACUCCACAGGGUCUGUUAACCUUCAAGGAUGUGACUCUGGACUUCUCACGGGAGGAAUGGGAAUGUCUCAGUUUUGCUCAUCGGGCAUUGUACAUGGAUGUGAUGGUGGAGAAUUACAUCAAUCUAUUGUUUGUGGAAAAUCAUCUCAUAUGUGGAAAACAUGGGAAGGUCUUAGAUCAAGACAUAGAGUGCAGUGCCAAUGACCAUGUGAAUAUGCAAGAGAAGUCUUAUAAAUGUAAUGAACUUAGCAAAAUGAUUAAUGAAUCCACCCAAAGUACACCUUAUAAAACUGACCACAGAGAUGCCUCACUUCAAUCCCCAAACCUGAAAAGACUUAAAGUUGGGAAAACCAGAGAAGUAUCCAAAGAUGAAGACUGUGUAAAGUGUUUAAAUGAGUGCUCUAUAAAUAAUCUAAAUCAAGGAAUACACAUACAUAAGAAAGGAUAUAACAGUACAGAAUUUGAUAAGGGUGUUGCGCCUAACCAUGAACUGAUGCUGAAACAAACCAAUAAUGGCAAGAAGCUUUACAAAUGCAGUGAAUGUGACAAAUGCUUUACCCACAAAGACAGUCUUAGAAUUCAUCAUAGAACUCAUACAAGAGAGAAACCUUACAAAUGCAGUGAAUGUGACAAAUGUUUUAUCAAAAAAUCCCUUCUUCAAAUUCAUCAGAGAAUUCAUGCAGGAGAGAAACCUUACAAAUGCAGUGAGUGUGACAAAUGCUUUACCCGAAAAUGCCUUCUUCGAAGUCAUCAGAGAAUGCAUGCAGGAGCGAAACCUUACAAAUGUAGUAAAUGUGACAAAUGCUUUAUUGACAAUCACAGUCUUAGAAUUCAUCAUAGAACUCAUACAGGAGAGAAACCUUACAAAUGCAGUGAAUGUGACAAAUGCUUUACUGGCAAAGGCAGUCUUAAAGUUCAUCAUAGAAUUCAUACAGGAGAGAAACCUUACAAAUGCAGUGAAUGUGACAGAUGCUUUACUUACAAAGGCAGUCUUAGAAUUCAUCAUAGAACUCAUACAGCAGAGAAACCUUACAAAUGCAGUGAAUGUGACAAAUACUUUACUUACAAAGGCAAUCUUAGAAUUCAUCAUAGAACUCAUACAAGAGAGAAACCUUACAAAUGCAGUGAAUGUUACAAAUGCUUUACUUACAAAAGCAGUCUUAAAAUUCAUCAUAGAAUUCAUACAGGAGGGAAACCUUACAAAUGCAGUGAGUGUGACAAAUGCUUUACCCGAAAAUGCCGUCUUCGAAGUCAUCAGAGAAUGCAUGCAGGAGAGACACCUUACAAAUGUAGUAAAUGUGACAAAUGCUAUAUUGACAAUUGCAGUCUUAGAAUUCAUCAUAGAACUCAUACAGGAGAGAAACCUUACAAAUGCAGUGAAUGUGACAAAUGCUUUACUGACCAAGGCAGUCUUAGAACUCAUCAUAGAAUUCAUACAGGAGAGAAACCUUACAAAUGCUGUGAAUGUGACAAAGGCUUUACCCGAAAAUCCCAUCUUCAAAUUCAUCAGAGCAUUCAUACAGGAGAGAAACCUUACAAAUGCAGUGAAUGUGACAAAUGCUUUAGCGACAAACGCAGUCUUAGAAUUCAUCAGAAAAUUCAUACAGGAGAGAAACCUUACAAAUGCAGUGAAUGUGACAAAUGCUUUCAGUACAAAGUUAGUUUGCAAUGUCAUCAGCUUGUUCAUACAGGAGAGAAACCAUACAAAUGCAGUGAAUGUGGCAAAUGCUUUAGUGACAAAGGCAGUCUUAGAAUUCAUCGGACAAUUCAUACAGGAGAGAAACCUUACAGAUGCAGUGAAUGUGACAAAUGCUUCCAGUACAAAGGUAGUCUGCGAUGUCACCAACUUGUUCAUACAGGAGAGAAACCUUACAAAUGCAGUGAAUGUGACAAAUGCUUCCAGUACAAAGGUAGUCUGCGAUGUCACCAGCUUGUUCAUACAGGAGAGAAGCCUUACAAAUGCAGUGAAUGUGACAAAUGCUUUACUGACAAAGGCAGUCUUAGAAGUCAUCAUAGAACUCAUACAGGUGAGAAACCUUACAAAUGCAGUGAAUGUUACAAAUGCUUUACCAAAAAAUGCCAUCUUCAUCUUCAUCAGCGAAUUCAUACAGGAGAGAAACCUUACAAAUGCAGUGAGUGUGACAAAUGCUUUACCCAAAAAUGCCAUCUUCAAAAUCAUCAGAGAAUUCAUACAGGAGAGAAACCUUAGAGAUGGAGUAAAUGUGAAAAUUGCUUUACUGACAAAGGCAGUCUUAGAAUUCUUCAUAGAACUCAUUUA